AUGUCCGUGUCGGUACCUGUUGUAAACCCUGAGAUCAAACAAGGCUACCUCUAUAAAAUUCCUCUUAAAGAGGAACUCCUAAUGGGCGAAGCCCUUAUCUCAGUUGAUGACGAUCAAGCGAUGUGUAUGGUCAUCAAUACCAGAUCAGAUCCAGCAGAAAUUGAAAUUGAACCUCGAGUGCUUAAAGAAUUUGAAUUUGAUCAUCUUGAUCCAUCUGACGAAUUUUCCGACAUAGCGAAAACUCAAUCUGGAACACAUUCGCUCUCCAAGCGAGAUCAAUAUCUGCUGAACAAAUCGGAGAAAAGUUCCAGCGAUCAGGGGGAUGAAAAUACUCCUGAAGCGAUAAAUCGACAGCAAAUGCGCGAAGAUUUGAGAAAAUCAUUUGAACGCAUCAAUAAAGCCCUAGAAAAACGAGCAAUUAACGUUUCAGAUGAAGAAGCGGAUAGUACUCUUCGUCCAGAAGAUUAUUACAAUCCACUGCCGGUAGUCAGCCCUCAAGUAGCAAGGGAAGUCAGAAAAUAUCUUGAACGGGGCUACUUAUCAGACAAACACGACGAAUCUGAAGACUCGGAUGAGUCUGACGAAGAAGGAGAAGAAGAAUCCCUUCGUGAAAAUCAAGAUAUAGAAGAAAAUGAAGAUUCAAGUGAAGUUAGCUGCUCUGAACCGGAAUUCCAAGUGGAAAUAACCCCUGCAACUCCACAGGCACCGCGAGCUGAUGAGAUUCGACAGGAAUAUCUCACCGCAGGUCGAAGUCCUUCGACUCCUAUGUGGAAGAACACGGUGCUGAAAGCUGCGCAGGCAAAUUGCAAGGAAUUUGACUACGACGAUCAUACAAAAAGCUUUUAUUGGAAGGACACCGGAAGUUCUGAUGACAAUACAUCUCGAGUCAUCGCGAGGCCUUCUACUUGA